CUGAGCGUAGGUGUGUGAUACGAGGUCUGAUGCUGCUGGAGGAUCAUCAGCGCUGCACAGUUUACCGGAGGGUUCAAGGAGCAGCGGAGCUCCAGCAGGUCAUGGCCGGUUUACAGAGAACCACACAGCAUCUCUGCUUCCUGCUCUGUGUCUCCACCAUCUUACUCCUCAUCCUCUUCAGCCAAGUUUUAAGAGACAGACGGCAGGAAGAGAGACACAAACGAGACAUCCUGGACUCCACAGAAAUCCCAGCGGAGCACAUCGAUCCAGCUGCCAUCGACCUCACUCCCCUGGUCAAUACUUUAAUAAACACAAGCCAAUCGGGCUCCCGGCAGCUCUUCUCCCUCCUCAGCGUGACGUCCUACAGCUCUCUGGCUCUGCAUAAACUCACCCUGCUGGUCUACAACAUUUCCAACAUAAGAAGUUUAGAAAGCAACAAGUUCAGGAGAAGAUUCUGCUACUGUGUCACAAACGAGACCAACGACCUGACGGACUUCACGGCCAUACUGCUGGACGUGAUGGGAAACUCCACAAGUUAUUUACACGAGCUCUUUAAAUCUGCCUCCAUAUUAUCAGUAAGCCAGCGGAACAACUCUGAAUGUAUUUACAUCUGUGUGAUGGCAGGUAAGAUGGGCAGAGCGGUGCCGGAGCUGUGGGAGGUCGGCUCCAUCACGCCGCUCUUCAACCAGACCAUCGUCGAGGGGCCGCACAGAAUAGGUAACAUCUCCACCUUCAGACUCCCUGCCGAAUGGCACCAACUGCCCACGAAUCUGAGUCACAUCUCUCCAUCUGUGAUCAACUCCAUGUUAACCAGCAGAGUCCAUUCUACCGCACAUGUUUCACCAACAACGAUGACGGAUGAAAAAGCUGCAACAACUGCAAAGAUCACCAGUGCCCAGCCACAGGCAACAGCUCGACAACCUGCAACCGUCGUGUCACAAAGUCAAACUACACCGGACAGACCGGAGACGACCACAACAGGCACGACCCAAAGGACAGCAACAAUUUUACCACCCACCACCCUGCAAGUCACCACUGCGUCUGUUACAACAGCUGCAGCUCCAACCACAGUAGCAGCUCCAUCAACCACAGUAGCAGCUCCAUCAACCACAGUAGCAGCUCCAUCAACCACAGUAGCAGCUCUAUCAACCAGAGUAGCAGCUCCAUCAACCACAGUAGCAGCUCCAUCAACCCCAGUAGCAACUCCAUCAACCACAGUAGCAGUUCCAUCAACCCCAGUAGCAACUCCAUCAACCACAGUAGCAGCUCCAUCAACCACAGUAGCAGCUCCAUCAACCACAGUAGUAGCUCCAUCAACCACCGUAGCAGCUCAAUCAACCAUAGUAGCAGCUCCAUCAACCACAGUAGCAGCUCCAUCAACCACAGUAGCAGCUCCAUCAACCACCAUAGCAGCUCCAUCAACUACAGUAACAGCUCCAUCAACCAAAGUAGUGGCUCCAUCAACCACAGUAACGGCUCCAUCAACCACAGUAAAGGCACCAUCAACCACAAUAGCGGCUCCAUCAACCACAGUAGCAGCUUCAUCAACUACAGUAGCAGCUCCAUCAACCAAAGCAGCGGCUCCAUCAACCACAGUAACGGCUCCAUCAACCACAGUAACGGCUCCAACAACCACAGUAGCGGCUCCAUCAACCACAGUAGCGGCUCCAUCAACCACAGUAGCAGCUCCAUCAACCACAGUAGCAGCUCCAUCAACCACAGUAGCGGCUCCAUCAACCACAGUAGCAGCUCCAUCAACCACAGUAGCAGCUCCAUCAACCAAAGUAGCAGCUCCAUCAACCAAAGUAGCAGCUCCAUCAACCAAAGUAGCAGCUCCAUCAACCACAGUAGCAGCUCCAUCAACCACAGUAGCAGCUCCAUCAACCAAAGUAGCAGCUCCAUCAACCACAGUAGCAGCUCCAUCAACCACACUAGCAGCUCCAUCAACCACAGUAGCAGCUCCAUCAACCACAGUAGCAGCUCCUUCAACCACAGUACCAGCUCCAUCAACCACAGUAGCAGCUCCUUCAACCACAGUACCAGCUCCUUCAACCACAGUAGCAGCUCCUUCAACCACAGUAGCAGCUCCUUCAACCACAGUAGCAGCUCCAUCAACUAUAAGUACAACCCUCCUGGCCACAGCGUCAAUCAAUCCCACAACCCUUUCACCAGUUAUUAGUCUGACCCGGCUAACAAGUACACACCAGCCAAGUACAACAACCCAGCACACGACUUCCACAGUUCAUCCCACAAGACUUUCACCUGUUCAUCCCACAGCACGACCAACAGUGGCUAGAAGUACUAUGGGGCUCCUUAGCAGGAGAACUACAACAUCCAGCAAGUCUGUGGGAACAGAAAAACCAGGUUGUCCGUGGAGAAGGCCGGAGCUGACCGACGCCUCGCUCUCUGGCAGCACGACCACUGUCGGCGCUCACAAGCUUCAGCCCUGCGUCCUCGAGCUCUGCAAGUUCUUCUCUCAGUGCCUCUGCAGACCCUUCAGCCACAAGACGCGCAUGAAAAGAUACUGUGACGACAGCCACCGCUGGUAUGAACAACACACGUCGGAGGUGUGUCGGCGGGUCAGGAGAGUCUCCUUCUCCAGAAAUCUGAAACAGAGAUGCCUCACAAAGAUGUGCAGUAAACUGUGACCCGAGUGGGAGCGGAGAGAAAACAAAGAGCUGCUUAUCAUCACAGGAAGUGACUGAAGCUACAAACCCCAGCGGAGGACGCUUCUGCAGCAUCUGGACGAUCUGGUGACUUUUAAAUCUGGAUGGAAUUGGAAAUUGUUCGACCUCAAAGUGUUCUCUCUACACACACGUGUCCCUAUAAUCUACACAGCGGAGGGAUUUAGUUUAGGCCCAGAGGACUAAACGUACUCGACACCAAAACCUGGAAUCCUGAAGAUGAAACAAAAACUCUGUCGUCCUGGACUAUUUAUGAAAAUCAUAUUUAAAACCAAGCUUUUUAAAUCAACUGAUUUAAUUUUAAUGUUUGGAUAACAGUCUGGAAUGUGAAAAAAAAAUGGUGUC